UUCCUUUUUUUACUUUUUGGUUAAUUCCUACCAUAUAGAAGGUAGUUGCUACCCUGCAGCUCUCUUCAUUUCUCUCAAAUUGCUCUCUGCUUGCUAAAUCUCUGACUCUGCUUAAGCAAGAUGGCUGAAACUUUUCUUGUUCCUGUCAUACAAGAGGCACUUUUCAAAUUGGCACCGUUUACUGCUAGACAGAUUCGCUUUGCUUGGCGGUUGGAGAAGGAGUUGGAGAAGCUUAGCAAGUUGCUCAACCAGAUUCAACAUGUGCUCCAAGAUGCAGAGGAACGACAAAGUGAGGUGGCAAUACGGGAUUGGCUACAGGAGCUCAAAGACGUUGCUUAUGAUAUGGUGGAUGUAUUGGAUGAGGUUGCAUAUGAGGUGCUCCGAUAUCGAGUAGAGACUCAAAGCCAAGUGAAACGGGUGCGCAACUUUUUCUCUCCCUCGAAUCCCAUUGCAUUUCGUUUCAACAUGGCUAAUAAAAGUAAGAAGAUUAAUGAGUCUCUUGUUAAAGUAAAAGGAGAUGCAGUUUUUAAUACUCUUCUUGCUAGAAACGAAAGGCCCUCGGUUCGCAAAUCCCAGCCUGAUACUCACUCCUUUCUAGAUUCAAAAUUUGAAUCAAGAAGGGAUGAGGAUGUCACAGAAAUUGUUAACUUGUUGACUGAACAAAGGAGUCAUCAGCAUCCCAUCUCUGUCAUUUCUUUAAUUGGCAUGGCAGGAGUUGGAAAGACAACUUUAGCAAGACUGAUUUACAAAGAAAUAGAAAAGAGAAAAAUGUUUGACGUGGUAGCAUGGGUGUGUGUUUCUGAUGAUUUUGAUGAACAAAAAAUUUUAAAUGGGAUGUUGGAACAUAUUGAUCCUAGUGCUGGUGGAAUAAAUAAUAUGAAUGUUUUGCUCAAACAACUAGAAGAAAAAAUAGAAAAGAAAACUUUUCUUCUUGUUCUUGAUGAUGUGUGGGAGGAUAAUUCCAAUACUUGGGCUACUUUUAGUGAUCUUUUGUCAAAAUUUGUGAAAACUAGUGGGAACUCCAUUGCUGUAACCACUCGUAAAGAAGGGGUGGCAUCAUCCAUAGCCAAGUAUCUUCCUUUGCGUAGGCAUCAUUUAAAAAAGCUAUCAGAUGAUGAUUGUUGGUUGAUAAUAAAAGGGAAGGUUUUUGGAUCUACAGAGGCAUCCAUACCUGAUCAGCAGUUAGAGGCUAUUGGUAGGGAAAUUGCAAAAAAAUGUAGAGGCCUGCCAUUAAUUGCAAAUGUUUUGGGGGGAACAAUGUGUAAUGUAAAGGGAGUAGCUGGGUGGUUGUCUAUAAAAAAUAAAAUUGUUUGGAAUUUAGAAGAUUUUGAUCAGAUAAAAUUUGUACUUAAAGUAAGUUUUGAUCAUUUGCCUUCACAUUUGAAGAAAUGCUUUUCCUUUUGUUCAAUUUUUCCAAAAGAUUUUGAUUUUGAAAAAGAUGAUUUAGUUCAGCAUUGGAUGGCUCAAGGAUUGCUUUGCUCAUCUAGUCAAGAUAUGAUGGAAGAUAUUGGGAACAAGUAUGUUAGUGAUCUAAUAUCUAACUGCUUGUUCCAAGAUGUAGAGAAGGAUAGAUAUGGGAACAUCAGACGCUUCAAAAUGCAUGAUGUGGUGCACGAUCUUGCCUUGUUAGUUUCAGAAGGUGAAGCAUUGAUUUUGAAGAAUGAUUCCAUCCGUGGAAAUUCUUGCAUUCGACAUCUGAGGGUCCCAUCUGGUGUAGAAAUGGAUUCAGCUAUCUUGAAAGGUGUUGCCCCAAAGUUGCAUUCAUUGUUCUCAGAGGUUGAUUUCUGUAGCAUGUCAAAGAUGGAUCUUAAAAGCAUACGGUCUUUAAGUUUAAAGAAAGCAGAUGGUGAUAAACUACCAGCUUCUCCAAGCAAAUUGAAGCAUUUGAGAUACCUUGACAUCUCAAACACUAAAAUCAGGGCGUUGCCAAAAUCCUUCUCCAAGCUGUAUAAUUUGCAAACCUUAAAAUUGAUGUACUGCCCUCGUCUUCAAAAGCUUCCUGAUGGAAUGGAAAAUCUGAUCAGUUUAAGACAUUUUUAUUUUAGCAAUGACAAGCUCAUGCCAAGAAAUAUUGGGUGUUUGACUUCCUUGCAAACCUUAUCAUUAUUUGCUGUGGGCAAAGAAAAGGGAUAUCAAAUUGAAGAACUUGGAUGCUUGAGUCAACUUGGAGGAGCAUUGAGAAUAUGCAACCUUGAAUUUGUCAAAUCUAAAUCAGAAGCCACCAAAGCAAACAUGGAGCAGAAGACAAAAUUGUAUAAGUUGCGAUUGCAAUGGGGAAGAAACAAAGAAGAGAGCUACAACAGUUAUGAGGAGGUUCUAGAAGGCCUUCAGCCGCCCUCAGAUUUGAAAAGCUUAAGUAUUGAUGGUUAUAUGGGAGAAAAGUUUCCGUCAUGGAUGGAGAAGGGUGUCAAUUUAUCUGGUGAUGCAUUUUUACUCAAUUAUCUACUGGAAUUGGACUUAUAUGGCUGUGGUGAAUGUAUGGAUAUUCCUAGUUUGGGAUUUUUGCCUAAUCUCGAAGUCCUUAAUAUACGGAGGAUGGAAAAGGUGAAACGUAUGGGCAGCAAGUUUUAUCUUAACAGAAGCAACAUUGCAAGUAGUAGCCAUGGUGGAGGCGGCACAAUCACACUGUUCCCGGCUUUGAAAAAUCUCACAUUAAGCGACAUGGAAAGCCUAGAGGAAUGGGCAGAAAUAGAAGGAGUACUUGUGUUUCCUUGCCUUGAGUGGUUGGAAAUUCAGGCUUGUCCUAAGUUGAAGACUUGGUCGAUGGGUGGAUUUGCAUCUCACCACAAGCUCUCUGUGCUGAGGAUAUCUAAUUGUUGGAGUCUUGUGGCUUUACCAGAGUGGUUGGGAAACCUCUCUUCUCUUACUUCUUUAAGGAUUUGUCGGUGUAACAAAUUGAAGAGCAUUCCAGAGGAGUGCCUAGGUAGGCUCACGUGCUUGGAGAGCUUAUGGAUGAAUCCUUUCUGGUCUGAGUUGGAAGAAUACCCAGGGCUCACUUCCAUGCAUCACCUCCAUGCCUCCCUCAAAUCUUUGAGAUUGGAAGGAUGGGAUAAACUAAAGUCACUGCCACAUCAGCUUCGACAUCUCACUGCCCUCCAGCAAUUGAUUAUAAGCCGGUUCAAUGGAGUGGAAGCUUUACCAGAGUGGUUGGGAGACCUUUCUUCUCUUCACAGGCUUGCGAUUGAUUAUUGUGAUAAUUUGAUGUAUCUGCCUUCUAUUAAAGCCAUGCAUCGUCUCUCCAACUUAGAACGUCUUUCAAUUAAUAAUUGUUCCAAAUUAAAGGAAAGAUGCGCUAAAGAGAGGGGCCCUGAAUGGCCCAAGAUUUCCCACAUUCCGCAUACCUACAUCUGGUAGAUGACCCUGCAAUCCCUAAAGGAUCUAGGUUUUGAAAAGAAGAGGGCUCAAAUAAUUAUCAAAUGAUGCCAUGGAGAGAAAACAGAGGAGGUGCAUGGCCACACUGUGGAAUCCUAUUAAAGUUUCUACCCUGCUGAAUUGGAAUAGCAACAUUCAAAGAACAUUCUUUCCUCUUGACUGCUGGAAUUGUAAUGGUUACUGGUCAGGACCUCUUUUUAUGAGCAUUGCAGAUAACUGGUAUAUGUAAGCAACAUUUGGCUAUUACUGAGUGUCAAAUUUCAUCUGUACAUACACUUUGCUGUGGUUAAGGGCUCCAAGCAAAUCAGAGCAGAGAAUUAAAAAAUUCUUGAAAUAGAGAACUUUUUUAUGGUGCCAUUGCUCCAGAAUUCUCUAUUACAAGUACCAUAUACAGUUUUAUCGCCGCUGAGUGGAGAAAGCAUUGGCUUUUGUUUGGAAAGAACCAACAGAUCAACCCUCCCAUUAGUUCUCAAUGCUCUUGCUGUCAUGAAAAUGCUAUGGGAGUUGGCUGAUGCAAUAAUUAACUGAAAGUUAACAUAUGUAGUGGAGAGAAACCAGCAACAAGAUCCUGGGUUGGUCUUAAUAGCAUCUAUAAGGGUAAUGAUACUUCCAGCU